AUAGUUGAAUAAUAUCUUUAGUUGACUUCGAUAGCUCAAUGAGUUUGCACGUGAAAAUUUUUAACUCUCUCUGUUUGUCAAUUUGUCAAUAUACCUACCCAUAAAGUAUCUAGAUAUACACAAAACACAAUAAGAUAUUUUACAUUAUUUUGCAUACAUUUUGUUUAAAUCUAUUUUGUCUUGUCUUGUUGUUGGUUUUGUUUUUUUUUUCUCACCCUUGCUCUCAUUGUCUGAUGAUCGAUCGGCUUCUGUGAAUUAAUAAUAAUAAUUAUUAUAAAUAAUCGAACCACUAAAGUGCGCCAAAACAAAUAAAACCGUAAACGGAUUGAUCGUUUAAAAAUUAUCCAAACAAAAUUUCAAAAAAAAGAUACAAGAUACAAGAUACAAAUUCAAAUUGAAUUUUUGCCGAAAAAAUAAAAAAUAAAAAUAAAAAGAUACAAAUCAAUCCUCGUGUGAGAGAUAGACUGUGAAUGUGUGUGCAUGGGCGGUGGUGAUCCCCCAAAAGUGCUACCUAAGUAUAUACGAAUCUGUGCAACGACACAAUUAGUUCUGUUUGUUUUGAUAAUUAAUCAUUCGCAAUAAGAAAAAAAAAUAAAAAAAAACGUAAAAGAGUAAAAUCCACCCACACCCUGUGCUAAGCGGUUUUAUAUUUUAUUUUUAUGAAUACGAAACACGGAUUAACUUAAAGGAAGGACUGGGACUAUAGAUGUGUGUUCCGUGUGCCUGUGAUAAGAAGAAUUAAAGAAAAGAAGAAUUUUUCCGUCGGAACCUUCGCUACCUCAAAGCAUCACAAUUCAAAUAUCUAUAUAAUCUGACAUCUGCCAAAAAGUGAAAUGUCCGUCACUACUACGGUGUAAGAGCCAACACAAAAACCGUCAAAAUAAAUUUAGUUUAUUAAAAAAUAAACAAAACAAAAAUAAAAUAAAAAUUUUGUGUUUCCGUGCGGAGGUUUUUAAAAAAAAUCGCAAACAUCGACGGGGACAAGUGUCAGUUUUUUGGGCGAACGAGUUCCAUUGAAGCUUUCAAAACGGUCGCCUCACGCUUCGAGUGGAAUGAGAAUAGGGAUAGUAAUAUUCCUUUCGAUAGAAACGCGGUUUUCAAAGUCGUUAAACUGAGCCCCAACUUGGAGCCCUACCCCGCCAGCGUGGAGGGCCUGAACAGCCCUAGAGCGGUGGGGAUGGCCGCCAGUUAUAUGACACCGGUUAGUUCGGGUGAUCUCGAUAUGGCGUUAGGUGGCGGCGGUGGUGGAGGCGGCGGUGGAGGAGGCGGUGGGGGAGGCUAUCACACAUCUUCGCCGCGUAGUGCAACCGAUGCCGGUGAAAUGAAAUACAUGCAACAUCACCAUCCGCAUCACCAUGCGACGUCACACCAAGUGCCCUCUUCGCCGAGUCCAAAUACCGUCGGCAGUGGAAAUCCCUCUGGUCUUGGUCUGGGAUCGACAAAUCCCUGGACGGCGUUACAUCCAUCAGAUCCAUGGGCUCUACAGACACACCACUCACAUCACCAUCCAGCAGAUGUGAAGCAGGAGAUGUCCCAUCUAUCACAACAAUCACGGGUUCAACAGGGUAUGGCUUCGCCGCAUGCAUGGCACGCACCUGUGCAUGCCGCGGCACACUACGCACCGACUGGUGGCUCGCCGCUGCAAUACCACCAUGCCAUGAACGGAAUGCUCCACCAUCCUGCCCAUCCACACCACCAAGGUGUGGCGCCUCUGCACCAUGCCCUGCGAGGAGCGGAAUCGCCGCAAUUACACAUCCAUCCACACCAUCUGCAAGGUGAUCGGGACGUCAGUGCUGGCGAAGAAGACACCCCAACUUCCGACGACCUAGAGGCCUUUGCCAAACAGUUCAAGCAAAGAAGAAUAAAGCUCGGCUUCACCCAGGCCGAUGUGGGACUAGCGCUAGGCACCCUGUACGGUAACGUAUUCUCACAAACAACGAUAUGUCGAUUCGAGGCUCUACAAUUAAGUUUCAAAAACAUGUGCAAACUGAAACCACUUCUGCAGAAGUGGCUAGAAGAGGCCGAUUCGACGACAGGCUCGCCGACAAGCAUAGACAAAAUCGCGGCACAAGGUCGCAAGCGAAAAAAACGCACUUCCAUCGAGGUAUCUGUGAAGGGCGCUCUUGAACAACACUUCCACAAACAACCAAAACCCUCGGCGCAGGAGAUCACAUCGCUGGCCGAUUCCCUGCAGCUUGAAAAGGAAGUCGUUCGUGUGUGGUUCUGCAAUCGGCGGCAAAAGGAGAAGCGAAUGACGCCGCCCAACACGCUCGGCGGUGACAUGAUGGACGGUGGCGGUAUGCCGCCUUCCCAUAUGCAUGGCGGCCAUGGAGGCUAUCAUCCACAUCACGAUAUGCACGGGAGCCCAAUGGGCACGCACAGUCAUAGUCAUAGUCCGCCAAUGUUGAGCCCCCCACAGAACAUGCAAAGCGGUGGAGGGCAUCAGUUGACGGCUCACUAGCAAUCAGAAAUCCAGGAGUCCAACUCUGCUGCAGCUGCGACUACUCCUGCCUCAAUACACCAACAACAACAACAACAACAACAUCAACAACAAUUACAGCAGCAACAACAACAACAACAUCAACAACAACACAAUACAUCGACAACACCUUCAUCAUCCUCGGAUGUACUCUCGCCCCAAAGCCCGCUUGGUUCAGGACAUCAUCUCAAUAAUAAUAAUAACAAUAAUAACAACAAUAGUAAUAACAACAACAACAACAAUAACAACAACGACAGUGAUCUUUCAUCUCAGGUGACGACGAACAACAACAAUAAAACGAACGCGUCGCUGGCGGCGGCCGCUGCGGCCGCCAUGUACAUAGACCCCAUGAGAUACCAGCACCAUCAGCACCCCCACCUGAACCCAGCUCACCACCACCAUCCGCAUCUGUUCCAUGGCGGCGGCGGCGGUGGCGGCUCGAGCAGCGACCAACAACAACAGCACCUUCAACAUCACCAACAACAAUCGCCGGGCGGCAAUAGUGGCAACGGCAGCGGCAGUUCUGGCGGCAUGGGAGGCCUACAGCCGCCCCUAUCCUCCUCGCCGAGCGCCACCUCCGUGCUGACGAGCGCAGCCAGCAUGCAACACCUCAACCUGAAUCCGCAUGUUGUACAUCCGCACCAUCAGCAUCCCCAACACCAUCACCACCAUCACCAGCAGCAGCAACAACAGCUCCACGCCAGGAGAUUGUUCCACGAGUGGACCCUGCAAUUCGGCGCCCCGCCGACCACUGUGCGGCACUUCAACUCCUUCACCGGCGAGUAGGGAGCCCAUUCAAGCGUUUCCCGCUCCAAAGUGCCGCGCAUCACAUCUCUCUAGGUGGACCAACGCAACGCCCGCCACCUACAGGAAGCUAUAGAAUCUAAUCAGAAUUGUUAUAAGCUUAUAAAAUCAAUGUUAGAUUCAAAUACUUAUGAGUACUAAACGUACGCACCAAAUACACACACACACACAUACAGUGUCUCGACGUGACGUGGAGGUGUGCGUGACGCGUGUGAAGCUCCAAGAGCUAAGCGUUCAAUUUUACAAAUGAUCAAAAAACGCCGCGCGCUCGUCGCUAUCCCACACAAAAAACCUCGAACUUCGAUACGGAACUGAAAAUCAAAUUUAAAUUAUAAGUGAUGAAAAAAAAAUAUGUUAUUAUUUUUCUUAAAUUAAAUAGUUUUUUUUUUAUACAUAAAAUUUCGACGAAUGUUUUCGUAUAUAAAACAAAAAAUAAAAAUAAAUGUGUUAUGACAAAAAAAAUAUUAAAAUAAAAAUAAAUACAAUCGAGAGGGAAGGAUCUUGAAAUAAAGGAUCAAGGUAAUUGUAAAAUCUAAAAUCUCUGUCUAUAAAUAUUAUUGUUUUUGGUUUCUUUAAUUUUAUUUAUAAGACCUUCCCUCUAAAAAAAACACACACACACAUAAAAUAGUUAGACAAAAAUUUAAAAAAAACACACACACAAAACACACUAAAAACAGUCACACAUAAUUAAAAAAUAAUAUAAAAUAAUUUAAACAAAAUAAACAACACACCAGUCUAAGGGAUAAAUAAAACAACAAAAAUGAAAAAUAAAAACAAACAUUUUAAUUAUUUUUUAUUAAGAAAAAAUAUAUAUAUAUAGAUAUACAUUUAUGAGAAAAUUGUUUUAUUUUUAUCUUUUUAUUAUAUUUUUUGUAAAUAGUUACAUAAGUCAUUAGGAUAUUGUAGACUUAUUAUUAUUAUAUUUAAUAUAAAUAUUUUAGUCAUUAAGUUUUUCUUUAGCUUAUAAGGAAUAUUUAGGUACCUAUAUUAAACAUUAAAACAAAACAAAACACAACAACAACAUUCCCCUUCUGCAAAUAAGAAAACAAAACAAAAAUCAAACACAUAUAAUUAUAUAUAUAGACAAAAUUUAAAAUAAAAAAUAUAUUUGUAAAAAAAUU